AUGAACAGGGAUACAAAACGAAAAGUUGUCACAGUACUGCUCAACGGAAUGGAUGCUCACGUUGAAGAACAGGUAAUGGUAAUGGUUCGUAAUUGCUGCCUCUCACUUUGUCAAUUCGAAAUACCGGUGGAAAUUUUGUUCGAUUAUGGCCGUGUGGCUCGUAUGCUUGUUGCGGUGCUGCAGAAACACAACGGCGAUCAUCUGACUCAACGAAUCGUAGUUUUCCUGCUCAAUUCAAUGGCUUGCCAUGUGGAAGGCGAGCAAAAAGUUCAAGUGGGCAAAUUUGGCGCAAUUGAGGUAAUUUUGGAAUCAAUCCGCCGGAAACAUGCAGCUAGCGUUUGCGAUGAUGUUAUGGAAGUGGGAUGGAGUUUUUUGUGGAACAUCACAGAUGAGACACCAGUGAACUGUGAGCGUUUUCUGAAUUCCGAUGGCCUUCAUCUGUUCCACCAGUGCUAUCAGCAGUUCCAAAAUGAGACCGAACUUGUCCGAAAUAUGAUGGGAUUGAUUGGAAAUAUUGCCGAAAUUGGCGCGAGAAAGGAUGGAAUUCAUCAGUGA